AUGGCUGGCCCGAAGAUCGACAUUGGACUACAACCAAGUACAUGUUCAAAAAUUGAGAUCAUGGCCGACGUUGACGACAAGAAUGACGAGACGAAGUCCACGGCCGAAGCCAGAAACGGGCACCAUGUCAACCUCAACACGACGGCCUCUGUCGACCUGAUAAACGCCUCUGGCCACGUGCAGCAGCUCUCACGCAACUUCAGCUUGGCAGCCCUCGCUGGCGUUGGUCUCACAGUCGGCAAUGUGUGGCCUGCCAUCGGCGGAUCCAUCCUUGUGGCGAUUUUUAACGGCGGCCCGCCUGGCGUAUUGUACGAGUUUCUAGCCGUGUCCGUGUGUUACUGGACCGUUGCCGCCAGCAUUGCGGAGCUGGCAAGCGCCAUCCCGUCGUCGGCGGGUGUCUAUCACUGGGCAUCCGUCACGCCGGGCCGGCGCUGGGGGCGUGGAAUCGGCUUCUUCGCCGGCUGGUGGAACUAUCUCGCCUGGGUUUUGGGGCUGGCGAGCAUGUCCUCCAUCUUUGGCAACACCGUUGUGCAGAUGUACACCCUGAACCACCCAGACGUGGUUGUGCAGCCAUGGCACGUUUUCGCUGCAUACCUGCUGUCGACAUGGCUCGCGUGUGCCGCGGUUUGCUUAGCCAACAAGGCGCAGCCGGCACUGGACAAGUUUGGCAUUUUUGCUAUCCUCGGCGGCUUCUUCAUCACGAUCACUGUCGUCGCAGUUAUGCCUGGCCGAGGCGGGAGACCGCCGCAUGCAACAUCGUCGUUUGUCUGGAAGGAGUGGUCGGCAGAUAUCGGGUACCCCGAUGGCUUCGUUUUCCUCGCGGGCAUGCUCAACGGAGCGUAUAGUGUGGGGGCCGUGGACGCGACAACGCACUUGGCGGAGGAGAUUGCCUUGCCACACCGCAACGUGCCCAUUGCUAUCGGCAUGCAGAUGAGUAUUGGCUUCGUUACGGGGUUUUGUUACCUUGUGGCCAUCAUGUACGGCAUCAACGACCUCGACGCCUUAUUCGAGUCACCUUAUCCCAUCGCCGAGAUCUACCGACAAGCCACUGGAUCAGCGGCCGGGGCCACAGGGCUUCUGGCGCUCAUCAUGAUCUGUAUCGGACUCACGAUCAUGGGCCUGUACAUGAUCUGCGGACGGACGCUCUGGGCGCUGGCGCGCGACGGGGCGACGCCGGUGCCAGGGUUUCUGGGCGAGGUCAAUGGCAGGCUGGACAUGCCACUGCGGUCGACGCUGGUGACGGCGGUCCUGGUGACGAUUCUCGGGGCCGUUUAUGUGGGCAGCACAACGGCAUUCAAUGCACUCGUGGGCAGUUUUAUCUUGACGUCGAGCAGCUCCUAUCUGGCUGCGAUCCUGCCGAACCUGCUGACGGGACGAAAGAUUAUUUCAUACGGGCCUUUCCACAUGCGCGGAUGGAUUGGGUUUGCGGUAAAUGGUAUGGCGUGUGCAUACAUGACAGUGUGGUUUGUCAUUUAUUGCUUCCCGUAUUUUCUGCCAACGGAUGCAGCAAGUAUGAAUUAUGCGUCGUUGAUCUGGGGUGGCGUCACCAUCCUGGUGGGUCUCUGGUGGUUCAUCCAUGCUCGGAAGGGAUACCAGGGGCCUCAGACAACGGGAGGCAUUGUCAGUGAGGUGGAGAGGGAGAAGGUGACGACGGCCGAUGGCGAAGAGAGAGCCAAGUCCAAGACGACCGCCAUUACCAUGAAUGACAUCGUGCACGCUGCCACCCACCUCUCGUGGCCGGCGCUGGCCCUUGGCUUCGUGGCCCUUCUCUUCAUCGCCUACCACGCCCUCCUCCUUCUCCUGCACGCCAUCGCUCCCAAGCCCCGCGCCGUGCUCCCCUCCGAAAAGACAUACUCCACGACGACCCCAGACUCGGACGACACAGUCACCCAUGCACUUCCCUGCUGGUUCGACCGUUGGCUUGCUGAGCGUCAGGCUUCGGAGACGGCCACCAAGCUGUCCGACCCAUCCAACGUACCCCUUCCCGACUCCGGCACCAUCGAGCCCGCCUCUGUCCGCGUGACCGUCGUCGUACCUGCCUACAACGAGGAGGCACGCAUCUUGCCGGCGCUUGAAGAGGCCGUGACCUAUCUCGACGCCAACUUUGGCCGCCCUGCCUCUACCUCAACCCUCUCGCCGCCCCCCUCGGCCAAGCGCACACCCUCCCCGCAUCGUCGGGUCCAGAACGCCCCCUCCGACAAUCUCACCGGCUACGAGAUCCUCAUCAUUGACGACGGCUCCUCCGACGCCACCAUCUCGGUCGCCCUCGCCUUUGCCCGCAAGCACGCCCUCCACGACACGUUGCGCGUCGUUCGCCUGGCGGCCAACCGCGGCAAGGGCGGGGCCGUGACGCACGGAAUGCGCCACGCCCGCGGCGAGUACAUCCUCUUUGCCGACGCUGACGGCGCCUCCCGCUUCAGCGACCUUGGCAAGCUCAUCGAGGGCGCCGAGGAGGUCGUCGACGGCGCCCACCGCGGCGUGGCCAUUGGCUCGCGCGCCCACCUCGUCGGCUCGGCCGCCGUCGUCCAGCGCUCCUUCGUCCGCAACUUCCUCAUGCGCUCCUUCCACCUCGUCCUCACCAUCCUCACGCCCCCCGCCACGAGCCGCCUCGCCGACACGCAGUGCGGCUUCAAGCUCUUCACGCGCGCCGCCCUGCCCCACGUCGUCCCCUACAUGCAUGCCGAGGGCUGGAUCUUCGAUAUCGAGAUGCUCCUCCUUGCCGAGAGCGCGCCCCCCGCCCCCGUCCUCGGUGCCGACGGCGCUGUUAUCGGCACCAGCCCCGGCAUCCGUGUCGCCGAGGUUCCCAUUGACUGGCACGAGGUCGACGGCUCCAAGGUCAGCCUCAUCGCCGACAGCAUCCGCAUGGCCGUCGGCCUCGCCGUCCUGCGUGCCAGCUGGAUGAUGGGCGUCUACCGCCGGCGAUUGACGUAG